UGUGGCGAGCAGCAUCUAAUUACACAGAGACGCCACUAGUCAUCGGAGGGGGGAAGAAACGUAUUAUGUGACAGCCGAAACUGCCUUUCAUACCCGUGCGGAGAACACAAACCUUACUUUAUAUUUUGUCCAUCUCUCUCAGGAAAUACAACUUUACUUUUUAACCGAGCAUAUAUCAGGAGAAACCCCGAGGCUACGGGUUAACUUACCUCCUGCAAAGACUUCACUUCGGAUCUUCUCAUCGUAUAAAUGGCUGAGGGGGAGCAGAGGGUGACUGCGGAGUAAACUUGCAAGAUGUCGCAGUUUGCGGAGGCUUAAAAAUAAGACUAGCCGCUGUAUUUUUUUUAAAUUCCACAUCCGAGUGUUAAUCUGUAAAGUCUGAGAGGUUAAGACACAAGGAGGGCGUGCUGCAGAAGCUUCAGGAGGAUUCUGGUUUUGGUUUGUUCCUCCAGGUCGGGAACGAAACAGGCCCACGGAGACAAAAAGCUGUCUUCUGUUUGGACAUCUGUCCAACUCUGUCUUCGUCUCUGAUAAGUCUUUUCUCUAGCCGCCAUCAUUCCGUGCUGUAAGGCCGACCCCAAAAUGUCUUCCAAUGGGGACCUUAGCGACCUCGGCAGCUCUGACAGCUUCUGGGAGCCAGGGAACUACAAAAGGACAGUGAAGCGGAUAGACGAAGGCCACCGGCUGUGUAAUGAGCUGGUCAGCUGCUUCCAGGAGAGGGCAAAGAUAGAAAAGAGUUACGCUCUGCAGCUGAGCGACUGGGCCAAGAGGUGGAGGGGCGUUGUGGAGAAAGGUCCUCAGUAUGGUACGCUGGAGAAAGCAUGGCACGCCUUUAUGCAGGCGGCCGAUCGGCUCAGCGAGCUGCAUCUGGACCUGCGGGAGAGGCUGGCAGGGGAGGACAGCGAGAAGAUGCGCAACUGGCAGAAGGAUGCCUUCCACAAGCAGAUGAUUGGAGGCUUCAGGGAGACCAAGGAUGCAGACGACGGCUUCCGCAAAGCACAGAAACCCUGGGUCCGCAAACUGAAAGAGGUGGAGGCCAGUAAGAAGAGCUACCACCAGGCCAGGAAGGAGGAGUGGACAGCGAUUAACAGGGAAACGCACGCCAAGGCCGACACGACCAAGUCACAGGAGGAAGUCCGCAAAUACACGACCCGGGUGGAGCGCUGCAACCAGGAGGCCGAGAAGGUGAAGGAGCGCUACACAAGGGCCCUGGAGGAGCUGAACCGCUGUAACCCCCGCUACAUGGAGGACAUGGAGCAGGUGUUCGACCUCACCCAGGAGGCCGAGCGAAAGAGGCUGCGCUUCUUUAAAGAAGUCCUGCUGGACAUCCACACACACCUCAACCUGUCUGCCAAAGAAGGAUUCAAAAGCCUGUACCGGGACCUGGGUCAGACCAUCGAAGCAGCCAAUGAAACUGAAGAUCUCAGAUGGUGGAGGAACACCCACGGACCGGGCAUGAGCAUGAACUGGCCACAGUUUGAGGAGUGGUCUCCGGAGGCGAGUCGCUCCAUCAGCAGGAAGAUGCGAGGUGGAGAGUCUGAGGAGAACGUGGUCACCCUCACCAACAUUGUCUCCUCAGGUGGAGGUGAUGUCCCGCCGAGUCCCAUCACCCUGGACACUGGCAGGGUGAAAGAUUAUUCGUCAGACUGGUCAGACGAGGAAAGUCCCAAGAAGGUGCUGGCAGAGAACGGUGUGGGGGAGGCGGAGGAUGAGGAGGAUCAGGUAGAGGGGGUGCGAGUCCGAGCGCUCUAUGAUUACACGGGCCAGGAGGCCGAUGAGCUCAGCUUUAAUGCAGGCGAGGAGCUUCUGAAACUGGGAGAGGAGGACGAGCAGGGCUGGUGUAAAGGACAGUUAAGCAACGGCCAGGUCGGCCUCUACCCCGCCAACUACGUCCAGGCUGUUGCUUCCUGAUGGCCCGCCCUCUCUGGUCACCCAGCCAAUGGUACAACUACACUCAAGAUGCCAGGACAAGUCACAAGCUACUAGUGCUGACACGUAGACAGUGAAACCAGACAGUUUCUGGUUACUGACUUUAAAACUUGUCAAUUUUUUCCCCCCUUUUAUCUUGUUUGAGUUACAUUUUUGAAAAUCAGCCAGUGGAAGAAUUCACUUGUUGUGUAAGGCUGUGUAUUCAGCCUGAGGUCAAUGAUGUUGUUGUUUGAAAGAAGCUUUACAGGCAUAGAGUCUCCAGAGGUCUGCCAAGAUGAACAGACUGAACACUGCAGAGCAACAUGGACGUUAAGUGGUGGGACGUCACCCACCUGACGGGACAUUUGAUCAAACUUUGGAUUUUGUUUUUCGCUUGCUGCCGUCAUUUUCAGUCACUAGAAGUCAGAAACACAAAUCCUGGGUGGAGCUGAGCAGCACUGAGCAAUCAUGUCAUGGCUGACUGACCGAACAGUUAAACACACCCCAAAACAUGCUUAUUUUUAGCUAGACCAGAAGCACAGACUUUAUUUUGUCCUCAUAUUACUUUCAUACAUUAGUCAUUAAAAAUAUAGAGGUUAUAGAGAACUUAGGACUUUUUCAGUAGAUUUCUUUGAUCCAGCAUCUAGUGGCCAUUAUAGGAACUGCAGCUGGAGGCACCUCUUCAUAGUCUUCUCUGCUCAGCUUUGUGUGGUUGCUACUUUAAUCAAAGAGCUGACAAAAAAGCCCAAUGAGAGACUGUCAGUGCCUUAGUCAAUGAGGUCAGAAAUGUUACAGCACCACCCUUCUGUCUGACCGAGGAAUCACAACUGUCUGAUGGCCUCCGGUCUGAUCCCAGUAGAACCCAGUGGAUCUCCUAUUACCUGGACUCUGAUUGUGCAGUCUGUAACCUUUCCUGCCCCAUCCCCCUCUUCAUUUAGCUUCGCAACAGGAUGCUUUGUUAUUUUGUAGGUUUCUAGGUGUGACACUGAAUUCACUUUCUUUCCUUUAUUGAUUUUAUUUUUUAAAUUGUGAUAGCUGUAUCUUUAUAUCAAGUCAACUGAUUUUGAUUAUGGAUGGUGUAAACUGCUACCUGUUUCUUUUAAGAAUAGCAUUUUUACAGUCCUUAUUUACUGUCUAAUUUAUUUUCUUCAUGAAUUUAGCAAUCAUUCUUCAUUUUCAACUGACUAAGGCAGGGAGAGUAAAAUUGACUGUUAGAUAUGGGUGAUUUAACCUGUGGAAGGUGGUUUUGUUGCUAGUUUUGUUUUUUUGCUGUGCUGUGAUCAUGAAACACAAACAGCUCAAACAUCUAAAAUAAGUGGUAAUAUUUUGUCUGGGUUUGGGUUUUCAUGUCUAAGCUUAUGUUUUGUGUGUGAGGGAGCCUCCUCUGUCCUGCUGAUCUGAGAGUCGCUACACCUUUGUAGACGUUAAAAUAAUGAGAGAUAAUAGAGCUGCUCCUUUUCUUUCCUUUUCUUUCCAAAACUGUAACAUAAUCCGUACAUAAAGUGGGAAGCAAUAAUAAAGAGCUUUCUGCAGUU